AUGUCAACAGAUGGUCUGGCCAGACAGAAGAGAGACGCAACACGGACAUUCAGCGCAUCUGCCGCGCGUUACCAGAAUGCAAACGACGAGCUGGACGCGGGUGUUCCUGCUGCCACGCUCAGGUACAGCGAACGGGGGUUGGGUCCAUAUUCGCGUGACCCAUGGGACGUUUCGAGCAACGUUUCUAGCCGGACUGGCCCAAAACUUUCUGGCGGCCGGCUCCGGCGACAAGACUCUUUGACAGAUCCGUACCUGAAAUCGAUCGGCCAACCGUCAGUCAUCUCUCCGUCCGGCGGCAUACCGCACUACAAGUCGCCCCCGCCUCUGCCUCUUCCUUCCAAAGCACCCGGUGCGUGGCCGAGCACGACCGAGUCACAGUCCACGAUUGCACCUUUUGUGUCCCGUGAUACUUGUCGUGGCGACCGCUGGGACCAACACCUCUCCCCCGAAGACGACAAGCCCUUGCGGCAGAAGAGAGAGGUCCAUCGCCGGCGCAAGGACCUCAAAGCCAGCGGCGACUUUCUCGGCGUCCAAGGCAUCAACCCCGAGACAGGCCAGCUCGAUGUCUUGACGCCGACCACCGGCUCGAAAAGCACAAUCUCCAGCGGUGCGUCCGGUGUGCCGGCGAGCGUGGCCCAAUCGAGCAUUGAAAAGUACGAGAAGGAAAAGGACGAGCUCCGGCGGCAGCAGAGCCUUGUCCGGUGGCGCAAGGAUACAGGGCAGUGGUCGUCGGUUGCGGAGCCGACGCUGAGCCCCAUUGCCCAAUCGAGAAGCUCGACGCCAUGUAGGUUUAUGGUGCCCUAG